AUGCGCGCUUCCCAAGAAUCUGACGCCUCUUCUUAUUACGACAGCUUCUACAGCCGACCCAUGCAGCAGGUGAACCCGUAUUCUCCCCCGACCCUCCAAAUUCUUAACAAUGACUCGGCUGGCGCCAAAAAGGGCAAAGGCUCUGACAUCUCUUUCCAGGCCUAUACCGAACAGUUCUUCACUCUAGAGUCGACCCCUGCAGCCGAUUACCCAAACUACAGCUCAUCGUCUUCAGGCCCAAGUGACUCAUCAGGCAGAAGUCCAUUCUCUCCACCGGGCUCCCUCUCCUACACGGCCCACGAGUCCCCCCUGAGCGGCUCCUCCUCCGGGGUUGAGGACGAGAACAAGCUGCUCCACGCACUGUGGGUCCUGAGGCACGAGCUACUGGGCCCCGAAUCGGAAACCGAUGACAGUGGCUUCUACAAUGGCAUGGCCGCUGCUGGACCUCAGCCUUCAUCCCCCUUCACUAGGUACAACAAGAUUCUCGAGAUGGCCCACCACAUGGACCUGAAACAGCUGUUCGUCUCGUGCGCCGAGAUAGUCUCUGAGGCUGAUGCGCUCCCUUCUCCCGACCAACAAGUGGCGGUCUCAGCUGCAGAAGCUUUAAUGGACAUAAUCGAAAAAAUGGUAUCAGUCUCGGGUGAACCCUCCCAGCGACUCGGGGCUUACAUGCUAGAAGGUCUUCGGGCAAGGCUUCUCUCCUCCGGGAGCAUCAUUUACAAGAAACUCAAAUGCAAGGAGCCGACGAGCUCCGAACUGAUGUCUUACAUGCACGUGAUAUACCAAAUUUGCCCCUACUACAAAUUCGCCUACAUGUCAGCGAACGUCAUCAUAGGAGAGGCCAUGGAGAACGAGAGUCGAAUCCACAUCAUCGAUUUCCAGAUUGCUCAGGGCAGCCAGUGGGUGUCUUUUAUCCAGACGCUUGCACUCCGGCCAGGUGGGCCUCCGUGCAUCCGAAUCACCGGAGUCGAUGACUCCCAGUCGACACAUGCCCGUGGAGGUGGGCUCGAGCUGGUCGGUCAGCGGCUGUGCCAGGUGGCAAAAUCGUGCGGAGUCCCGUUCGAGUUCCAUGGGGCCGCUAUCUCGGGGUGCGAGGUCCGCCUCGAGAAUCUGAGAAUCCGUCCAGGGGAGGCACUGGCGGUGAACUUCCCGUACGUGUUGCACCACAUGCCGGACGAGAGCGUGAGCACCGCGAACCACCGGGACCGGCUGCUGCGGCUCGUGAAGGGGCUGUCCCCAAAAGUGGUGACCCUUCUCGAGCAGGAGUCCAACACCAACACCUCGACUUUCUUACAACGGUUCUGCGAGACGCUCGACUACUACACGGCGAUGUUCGAGUCGAUCGACGCGGCGAGGGCGCGGGACGACAGGAUGAGGAUCAGCGCGGAGGAGCACUGCGUGGCGAGGGAUGUGGUCAACAUCAUAGCGUGCGAGGGGGCUGACCGGGUCGAGAGGCACGAGCUGUUUGGGAAGUGGAGGAUGAGGCUCACGAUGGCGGGUUUUGAUCAGGUGCAGCUGAGCCCCACGGUGAGGGCUGUAGUUGGGGACAUGCUGAAGGAGUACAGCUCGAAUUAUGGGCUGGCGGAGGGCAAUGGGGCGCUGUAUCUCGGGUGGAAGAACCGGGCUCUGUCGACGUGUUCUGCGUGGAGAUGA